AAGGAUGGAGACAUCAUGUUGGGGGGAAUCUUUUCCCUUCACAGCAGUUGGAAAGACCGACAGGAUAGCUAUGCACACAAGCCGCUACCACUGCAGUGCACCAGUUUAAAUUUUAGGGGCUUCCAGUUUGCCCAGGCCAUGGUCUUUGCCAUUGAGGAGAUCAAUAACCGCACCGACCUGUUGCCUGGCCUCUCUCUGGGCUACAAAAUCUAUGACUCUUGUGGCUCCAUUGCUAGAGGGGUGAGGGUCGCACUGGCUUUGGCCAAUGGGGAUGGAGACAGCCGUUUGGAUGAGCGUUGUAUCAGACCAGCCCAAGUGCAGGCCAUUGUGGGAGAGACGUCUUCCUCUCCUUGCAUGGCUAUAGCAACUGUCAUUGGACCUUUUCACAUCCCGCUGAUAAGCCACUUUGCCACUUGUGCUUGUCUCAGUGAUAAAGUCAAAUACCCAUCUUUCCUCAGGACAAUACCCAGUGAUUAUUACCAGAGUCGAGCUCUUGCCCAGCUGGUCAAGCACUUUGGGUGGACCUGGGUGGGAGCUAUCAGAACCAAUGAUGAUUAUGGCAAUAAUGGAAUGGCCACGUUCACAGAGACUGCCCGACAGCUUGGUAUCUGUCUGGAGUUUUCAGUAUCUUUCUUUAGGAUGGAUCCACCAGACAAAAUAAAAAAGAUAAUCGAUGUUAUUAAGGUUUCUACGUCCAAGGUGAUUGUCACUUUCCUCUCGCACAUGGACCUGGAUGUAUUAAUUCAUCAACUGUCAUAUCACAACCUGACCGGCUACCAGUGGGUCGGCACAGAGUCUUGGAUCGUUGAUUCCCAAACGGCAGCUAUGGAUCAGAAACAUAUCCUAGAUGGAGCAAUCGGGUUAUCCAUCCCCAAAGCACACGUCAGCGGCAUGAGGGAGUUCAUGUUGGACAUAAAACGCCUGAAUACAUCUGGUGAUGACACAUUCAGGCUAUUCUGGGAGACAUUAUUCAAGUGUCAGUUUGAGAGGGCAAAGUCAUCAGGCGGUAAUCAGAGGGGGUGCAGUGGUUUUGAAGACCUCAGCAGUGUUCAAAACACCUUCACUGAUAUGUCACUCAUGCCCAUCUUUCACAAUGUCUAUAAAGCUGUGUAUGCUGUGGCCCAUGCGCUUCAUGGUAUUCUUGGCUGUAACACAACAUGUAAGACAAAAGUGCAGCUAGAGCCAUUUACAAUUUUACACCACAUGAAGAAGAUUACAUUCAAAACUAAAGGAGGAGAUGAAGUUUACUUCAAUGAGAAUGGAGAUCCAACAGCCAAGUAUGAAAUUAUAAACUGGCAGCCAACAGUAAAUGGGACAGUCAAAUUUGUCACAGUUGGUCUCUAUGACACGUCUGCGAACAAAAAGCUGAAUUUGAAUAAUAGAUCUAUGAUUUGGGCUGAGAACUCACAGAAGGUCCCUGUGUCAGUUUGCAGUGAGAAAUGUCACCCAGGGACACGGAAGGUUCUGCAGAAAGGAAAGCCGGUCUGCUGCUAUGACUGUGUGAGGUGUGCAGAGGGCAAAUUCAGUAACACCACAGAGUUCUGGUCAAACCAGAGGAGAGAUGCCUGCACGACGAAAGAAGCAGAGUUCUUGUCGUACGAGGGGGUCAUGGGAUCUCUCCUCACCACGGCAUCUUUAUUGGGCUCAUGCUUGACUGCUGCCGUGGCUUUUGUUUUCUUCAAAAACAGGAGUACUCCCAUCGUCAGGGCCAACAACUCAGAGCUAAGCUUCCUAUUGCUCCUCUCUUUAUCUUUGUGCUUCCUGAGCUCUCUGACCUUCAUCGGCCGGCCCACCGAGUGGUCCUGCAUGCUACGACACACGGCGUUUGGCAUAACCUUUGUGCUCUGCAUCUCUUGUGUACUGGGGAAAACUGUUGUGGUGCUGAUGGCCUUCAGGUCCACACUUCCUGACAGUCAUGUCUUGAAGUGGUUUGGGCCUCUUCAGCAAAGACUCAGUGUGCUGGCUUUUACUCUCAUCCAGGUGGUCAUUUGUGUCCUCUGGCUCAUAAUCGCUCCUCCAUUUCCUUUCAAAAAUUUCAAAGAGUUUAAGGAUAAAAUCAUCUUGGAGUGUGCUGUGGGUUCAGCUCUGGGCUUCUGGGCCGUGCUUGGCUACAUAGGAAUCUUGGCCCUGUUAUGUUUCAUUCUGGCCUUUCUGGCCCGCAAGCUUCCGGAUAACUUCAAUGAAGCCAAACUGAUCACCUUCAGCAUGCUGAUAUUUUCUGCGGUGUGGAUUACUUUCAUCCCAGCUUAUGUCAGCUCCCCGGGCAAGUUCGGUGUUGCCGUAGAGAUAUUUGCAAUUUUGGCCUCCAGUUUUGGACUGCUCAUUUGCAUAUUUAUUCCUAAAUGUUACAUCAUACUAAUGCAACCUGAAAAGAAUACAAAGAAGAGCAUCAGAAGUAAAGGGACAGUAAAAUCCUCAUGA